AUGAGUUCGCCAUCCUACCACGUUAUUAAACCGACUGAGGAGUCCCUACAUGUCAUCCAAACCGUCGAAUUUUGGGACAGUCUUGAAGGAAUAGAGAAGGCAAUCAAGGAAUCCAGCGUUGAGCUCUAUGAAGACAUUGCAAAAGACACCGACAUCCCUAAUGCCUUCCCUAUCAAGAGCAAAUUUCAGAAGUCUUAUGGCAGCGUCGAUGAUGUGCUCAAAACUAUUGACAACCCAACCCAACAGUACUCAAAUUUCUUCAUCCUCUAUGGAUAUUCGGCUUCUUUCAGAAGAGGGUGCGAGGUAGACUGCACCCCAUUGUCCUACGCUGUUCGAAAUGCACGUAUCAAUGUUAUUGAAAUGCUACUGAACCGUGGAGGGGAUGUGCAGAAAGGACAGCUUCUUCAGUAUGCCGUUUGUCGAGAUGAGGAACUUGAGGAUGUUAUAUCGCUGCUUAUCGAUAGAGGUGCCCCUUUAAACGCCACAAUGUAUCAGGAUGGCCCGACUUGGAUGCGAUUUUAUCCUAUGAGCCUAGGGACUGCGUUGCAUAUAGCAACAGAGCAGGAAGAUUCGAAUGCGAUCCGUCUUCUGAUCCGUCGUGGAGCAGACACUGGUGUGAAGGACGCAAAUGGCGACACCGCGCUAGACUGCGCACAGAAAUGGAAUAAAACAGAAAUGGUGAAGCUUUUGGGAGACUUGGAAGACCGUUUGUAA